AUGAACAUGAACACGAGCAUGGAAGAGCGGCCCGAGACCGAGCUCAUUUCCAUCCCGGCAACGCCGCGCGCGUCCACGCCGGAGAUACUGACGCCGUCGGGCCAGCGGUCUCCUAGGAUGGGGACUUCGAAGGAGGGGAAAUCGUCGUCGGCGUGGACGCCGACGUCGUUUAUUUCCCCUCGGUUUUUGAGUCCCAUUGGGACUCCAAUGAAACGAGUGCUUGUGAAUAUGAAAGGGUAUUUGGAGGAAAUGGGGCAUCUCACGAAGCUGAAUCCUCAGGAUGCUUGGCUUCCCAUCACGGAGUCGCGGAAUGGGAAUGCGCAUUAUGCUGCGUUUCAUAAUCUUAAUGCUGGUGUGGGGUUUCAGGCUCUGGUCAUUCCUGUUGCUUUCUCUUUUCUUGGCUGGAGCUGGGGAAUAAUUUCAUUAACCAUAGCCUACAUAUGGCAACUGUACACACUUUGGAUUCUUGUUCAGCUACAUGAAGCAGUUCCUGGGAAAAGAUACAACAGAUAUGUCGAGCUUGCACAAGCAGCAUUUGGAGAAAGAUUAGGUGUUUGGCUUGCCCUCUUUCCAACUGUGUACUUAUCAGCAGGGACUGCAACAGCUUUGAUUCUUAUAGGCGGGGAGACCAUGAAGUUAUUCUUCCAGAUUGUUUGCGGGCCUCUUUGUUCAUCUAAUCCAUUAACAACAGUUGAAUGGUAUCUGGUGUUUACUUCACUGUGCAUUGUUUUAUCCCAGCUUCCAAAUCUCAACUCGAUUGCAGGACUUUCUCUCAUUGGGGCUAUUACAGCCAUCACUUACUCGACUAUGGUGUGGGUUCUCUCUGUCAGCCAACCAAGGCCACCAUCAAUUUCUUAUGAACCGCUUUCAUUUCCUACGGUCUCUGCUUCUCUCUUUUCUGUUUUAAAUGCUCUAGGUAUAGUGGCAUUUGCUUUCAGAGGCCAUAAUUUAGCCCUGGAGAUUCAGUCAACAAUGCCGUCAACCUUCAAGCACCCUGCUCAUGUGCCAAUGUGGAGAGGAGCCAAAGUUGCAUAUUUCUUUAUUGCCGCGUGCUUGUUUCCCGUUGCUAUUGGAGGUUUCUGGGCGUACGGAAACCUUAUGCCUUCUGGCGGGAUGCUCAACGCAAUAUUUGCAUUUCACAGUCACGACAUCUCAAGAGCACUCCUUGCAGUGACAUUUCUUCUAGUUGUGUUCAACUGCUUAAGUAGUUUCCAGAUUUACUCAAUGCCUGUUUUUGACAGUUUUGAAGCUGGCUACACUAGUCGAACAAAUCGCCCCUGCUCAAUUUGGGUCAGGUCCGGCUUCAGAGUCUUCUACGGAUUCAUCUCAUUCUUCAUCGGGGUUGCAUUGCCUUUCCUCUCCAGUCUUGCAGGCCUGCUGGGAGGACUCACAUUACCCGUCACAUUCGCUUACCCUUGUUUCAUGUGGGUUCUUAUUAAAAAGCCAACCAAAUACAGUUUCAACUGGUAUUUUAACUGGAUCCUUGGUUGGUUAGGCAUUGCAUUCAGCCUGGCCUUUUCCAUGGGGGGGAUUUGGAGCAUGGUUAAUAGCGGUCUUAAGCUCAAGUUUUUCAAGCCCCCCAACUAAAACGCAUAGAAUAUGUGUAUGUAAUUUCUUUUACCGUGGUUUUAGUCUUAAGUUUAUUAGCAUAAGUAUGAAAACUGUACUCUUGUGCCUAUAAUUUUCAUCAAAAUUACAUAGUCUCCUGGUGUA